CGCGAUAUAUCUGGUAAGGGCUGAACACAUAAAUAGCAGACGCGGCCGCCUUUUCUGCUACUGUAGUCUACUUGAGAGGUUGACAAGAUUGGCAACUGACGAUGUGGUUGUGUGACAUCGAAAACUGCAACAAAGCCGCUGUUCGGACAUACGGAGAAUGCGUUCUAUGUAAUCGUCAUCUUUGUGCGAAACAUCUGGAGUCAAGUUACCACACCUGUCCAAGAUGGGAGGAAGAAGCUGAAUACGACCCCGCCGCCAGGAAAGCCGAACAAGAUGAGAUCACCAAACUUGUUGAUAAAAUCGAUAUUUCUGCGCUCAUUUCUCGAGCCUCAGCUCUUCGGGGAGGACUCCCUUGUUCCAUACCACACGAUCUUCAAUAUGAUAGAUCAACACGAAGCUCAGUUAUGGGGGGGAUGAAUUAUCAUAUCGAGAUAUUAUUUGAUGAUGGAAUCACUUGGCUGGCGCGUAUUCGAAGGUCCAACGCCACUUCUCCGCCAGCGGAGCUGCGAGAUUACAUUCUGCGCAGCGAGGUCUCAACCCUGCAGUUUCUUAGUGAAACUAAAGUCCCAGCUCCGAAAGUUUUUGACUUCAAUUUCUGUGAACCGAACCCUGUUGGCGUUGGAUAUAUUCUAAUGGAGAAGCUUCCUGGACGUUCCUUGCGCUGGUCUCUUGCCACUCCUGAGCAAAGAAGAAAGGUGACAAGUCAGCUUGCGGACAUCUACAUAGAGCUGUAUGCUCAUCCUUUCGCUAUGACGGGUUCUAUGCACCAUCCUGGAUCUCAUGAUAUUGGACCCUUUGCUCGAGAGUCCUUGACAGAGUACCAUGGUUCCCAGAUGAAAGCGCUCGGCCCCUUCUUCUCUACUAAAGAGUACUUUAGCGCACAUAUCCAAUUAAUUUUGGAUUUGAUCAUUCGACAGGAGUCGUACGUCGAUCGAGCAGUCGAUGCGUUUUUGAUUCAUCGGUUUCUCUUGGACAAAGUCCCGGAAGCCUGCUCUCGAAGUCAUCUUGACGAUGGAAAGUUCUACUUGAAGCAUGCGAACGAGAAGGGAGACCAAAUACUUGUCGACGAUGAGUUUAAUAUCACCGGUAUCAUCGACUGGGAGUGGGCGCAUACGGAUUCUAAGUCAGGAGCAUUUAAUUCACCGAUUGUCCUGCUCCCCGUUGCUGAUUUUUAUGCGGGCGAAAAUUCUAUCGGUGAAGACGAAGUGUUCUUUGCGAAGUGCCUUGAAGCAAAAGGGCAUCCGGAUCUCGCAACGAUUGUCAGGAAUGGCCGGCUCAUCCACAGAUUCCGAUUUUGUUGCGGCUACGACCUCACUGAUUGGAAAGGAUUCCUUGGGCUCUUUGCCGGACUUCUGGGAGCUAUGGGCAUCACUGAUGAUUUCCAUUGGGAGACCUGGAAGCCAGAGGCCAUGAAGUGCUACCAAAAUGAUCAUCAACUCCAACAAGUGAUCGGAAUAUACAAUUAGAACAGGCUGGUCUCCCAGAAGCAGACAAGUAGAAAGAACCACCAUAUCAAGAGAAAUUUGAUUACACUGUCUAGGAAGUGGACGGACUUGACUCGUGAUGCGAGAACACCUUGUCCAAUAUCUAUUUCAGAUGACGAAUUGACGGAAUGUCUACGACUGGAACGCGCACAGUCCAAAGCA